AGUUCGCAGAUCGCCACAAGUUAACGUGGCAAAAAGCUGGAAUACAACCGUAUUUAUCGGACUUGUAAACUGCAUAUAUCCUCAUAAACUACCCCAGUUGUAAACUAACCGUUUACGUUCUUAAAAAUAUUAUUCUUGCUGUUUUAAGAAUUGCCCCGAUCUAAAAGACAGCGGACUCCCAUGGGCAGUGGUAGCGGUGGGACGCUUCGGAGUUGUUGGUGACUCAGUAGGAAUAUUCUGCGGGUGUAGAACACGCCCAAGACUCAGCAGGACAAUUUGCAAACGUCAUGGGUUUCUAGUGGCAAGAUCAUUUUCAGGCUAAAUUAAGUCCGUAAAGGGAUACAAGGAAUUUGGCAUGUCUGCGCAGAAGUUCAUUAAUCCCGAGAGAGGGAUGAAGAUUGCACUUAAAAAUGGAAAACUCCGAGGUUGCUCUGGAGACAGACGCAGACCUGCAGUACCUUGUGACAGGAGGGAAGCUGACCAAGGUGAAGUCCAACUCCUGGAAGAAGAAGCGUUUCUUCCAGCUUCAGGAUGAUGGCGAGACCAUAUGGCAUGAGUCCCAAAAGGCUUUGAAGAGAAACAACACAUUUUCCAUCAACGAUGUGGAAUCGGUGCGGCGUGGCCGGCAGUCGGAGGUUCUGCAGAAGUUCACCGAUAGCUCCAUGGAGGACCUUUGCUUCUCCAUCAUCUUCAAAGGCAAACGCAAUACCCUUGACCUGGUGGCCAGCUCCCCCGAGGAUGCCAAGCAUUGGGUCACAGGCCUGGAGAAGUUGAUUGCAAGCAUGCAGAACCUCAACACCCAACAGAAGAGUGAACACUGGAUCAUUAGCCGCAUGCGAAGGGCAGACAAAAACAGGGACAAUGUGAUGACCCUGAAGGAGGUGAAGCACUUCCUGCAUGACAUCAACAUCGAAGUGAACGACAUGUACGCCGCCAAACUGUUUGAGGCAUGUGACAUAUCCAAGUCGGGCGCUCUGGAAGGGGAGGAGAUAAAGCACUUCUACGAGCUGCUGACCGCCCGCGAGGAGAUCGAGGUGAUCUACGGGAAAUACGCCCUGACGGCCGGCCAGAUGAGCGCCUCCAACCUGCUCGACUUCCUGCAGAAGGAGCAGAGAGAGGCCGUGUCUCUGGAUUACGCACUGAUGCUUAUCGAGAAAUACGAACCAGACAGCGCAGCCAAGCAGAAGAAGCAAAUGAGCAGAGAUGGCUUCCUGCGGUACCUAACCAGCGCAGAGGGCACUGUCUUUAAUCCCGCCCACAAAGAGGUGUACCAGGACAUGAGACAGCCGCUCAACAAUUACUUCAUCUCCUCCUCCCACAACACCUAUCUCAUGGAAGACCAGCUGAAAGGACCCAGCAGUACCGAGGCAUACAUCAGGGCACUGACCAAGGGUUGCCGCUGCGUGGAGCUGGACUGCUGGGAUGGCCCCAAUGGAGAGCCGCUCAUCUACCACGGCCACACGCUCACCUCCAAGGUGCUCUUCAAGGAUGUCAUCAAGGCCAUCAGAGACUAUGCCUUCAGAACGUCGGAGUAUCCGGUGAUCCUGUCACUGGAGAACCACUGCUCUGUGGAGCAGCAGAAGGUCAUGGCCAAACAUAUGACUUCCAUCCUGGGCACCGCCCUUCUCACAAGGCCACUUGGGAAAAAGAUGCCCACCACUUUUCCUGGGCCAGAGGAACUAAAAGGCCGGAUCCUGGUUAAAGGCAAGCGUCUCAACAAGCUGGACGUGGUGUUCGAAGACAACAGCUCAGUGGAUGUGGACAGUGUGUCCGAGGAGGACGAGAGCGCCGAAGCCAAAGAAGGCGAGCAGAAGGCCAAGGCCAAGAAAUCAAAGAUCAAGCUUGCUAAGGAGCUGUCAGAUUUGGUGGUCUACUGCAAGAGUGUGCACUUCAAUAGCUUUGAGCACUCAAAAGAAAAACAGGCCUUCUAUGAGAUGGCCUCCUUUAAGGAAAGCAAGGCUAAACAGUUGGCAGAACAUUCAGGAGCUGAGUUUGUGCACCACAAUAUAGACAAGCUGAGCAGAAUCUAUCCCGCAGGCUCCAGAACUGACUCGUCCAACUACAACCCUGUGCAAAUGUGGAACUCCGGCUGCCAAAUCGUGGCUCUGAACUUCCAAACACCAUGCAAACAGAUGGAUUUGAAUCAAGGCCGCUUCCUGCCCAACGGGAAAUGUGGCUACAUCCUAAAGCCGCACUUUAUGAGAAUCCCAGAUUUUAAUUUUGAUGCCUGCAACCUUACCAGUGGACGAUGGCUGAGGAAGAAAAACUUGCAUAUCAUGGUCAUCUCUGCCCAGCAGCUUCCUAAGCUGAACAAGGACAAGGUGUCGUCCAUUGUGGACCCGUUUGUGCGAGUGGAGAUCCAUGGAGUAACCGCAGACAAAUCCAGUGCACAGACAGCACACAUCAACAACAAUGGGUUCAAUCCAAUGUGGAACAAAACCUUCGUGUUUGCCAUUAAUGUGCCGGAGUUGGCCAUAGUGCGCUUCGUGGUGGAGGACUAUGACCCUGCGUCUGCUAACGACUUCAUCGGGCAGUACACUCUACCCUUCACCAGCAUUCAGAAUGGAUACCGUCACAUCCCUUUGCUCACGAAGUGUGGCAACGUCAUCCCUUCCGCAGGACUCUUCGUCCAUAUCAUGGCUCUAGACGACUAAAACACUCCGCAUGCUCCGGCCUCCAACCACUGCAGGCGCAGCGAGGCAGACCAGUGGCCAAACCCAAGACCGUCACUGUGGCAACUGCGAAACUACUCACGAGACUUCUGAGACGCUGGUUUGUGAAGCUGGUCGAUUACUGCUACAUAUGCCAAUACCUUCCGCAGUAAACGGCCCUGGUAAGGACAAGGAGCAGUCGGCAGAACAGAGAUUUGGGAAUGUGUGUGUUCAACCAGCCUGGGAUAUGCAGGCUUGAGGGAGACUCCACAGCCGCCCCAAGGAUUCAGAGCGACUCCAUAAUCUCUCCAAGGAUUCAUCUUGACUGAGCUUGACUGGACCUCACACUUACCAGAUUUUAAUUUGGAACUAUUGGGUAUGAGAACCAGCAAGGUGUUUGAGGUGAUUCUUUUUUUAGACGUAGAAUGAAAGAAAUUGUUAAUAUUUUGUCAUAUUUUUAAGGGGAAAAAAAUCUGCUUUACUUAAAAACAUGCGGCUGUAAUUUUGUAAUAUAACACAUUUCUGAAGCAUGUGCAGCAAUUUUGCUUAAAUAUUACCGCACUGUGACUAAUAUUAUAAUCAUGCCUCUCACCUCAGAAAUCUUUUACCUGUUUGGUUAUUUAAUUUUUAAUCUGUACCAAACAGAAUAAUUUUCUGCAGUAAAUAUCAUUAACCAAGAAAUAUUUCACUAGCAUUUUGUUUUUCUCAAAAACAUUAUUUGGAUUAAAGAAAAUCAAAAAGAAAA